CGGAUUCCAAGCGGUUGUGUCGGGGGUCUCCGUGUGGCGCUGGGGGUCUGCACUGUGUGACAGAGUGAGCAGACGGUCCCCGCAGAUGCCGGCAGAUUUCACGUCGUCCGACAUACACGGGAGGGUCUGUUGAUACUUGGGUCGCGAGGACCUGCUGCUGGAAGGAUGGAGGACGGCGCAUGCAACCCCUAUGUGAAAAUCAACAGCAACAAGUGCAUUUUGAGGUCCGAACUGUUGUCACAUCUGAGAACCUACAACUGCUACCACGAGGGAAGGAGCUUCCAGCUGCGGCACCGAGAGGAAAGCGGACAGCUGGUGAUUGAGGGGCUGCUGAAUAUCUCCUGGGGUCUUCGUCGUCCAAUCAGACUGCAGAUGCACGACGACAACGAACGCGUUUCCUUCUGUCCCUCCGAGACCACCGGAGCGGGAUCCGCAGCCAGGAGCAGCCUUGAGCCGGCCCCCGCGGAGCGCCAGCCUAAUACAGAGGAGAUGAACAAUAAUCCCGCAAACCGGGCAGGCAGGGUCGAGGAGGAAACGCCGCAGCUCAAGAGGACCAGGAGCGACGCCAGUUUUGUCCAGAUGCGGACGAAGCAUCGCAGGCCGGGAGAAAGCCCCAGGAGCCACAGGUUCUCUAUCAACGGCCACUUCUAUAAUCACAAGACUUCGGUAUUUACCCCGGCCUACGGGUCCGUGACGAACGUCCGAGUCACCAGCGCCAUGGACACGUCUGAAGUUCUGAACCUGCUUCUAAGGAAAUUCAAGGUGGAGAACGGCCCCACGGAAUUUGCACUUUACAUGGUUCAUGAGAUGGGCGAAAGAACCAAAUUAGGAGAGACGGAGUUCCCCCUGAUCUGCAGGAUCCUCCACGGGCCGUGUGAACGAAUCGCGAGGCUUUUCAUAAUGGAGACCGACCUCGGAGAGGAGGUUUCCUAUGACGUGGCUCAGUACAUCAAGUUCGAGAUGCCAGUGCUGGACAGCUUUGUGGAGAAGCUAAAGGAAGAAGAAGAACGAGAGAUUUUCAAACUGACCGAAAAGUACAACGUUCUGAAGUCUGUCUUACUCCAGAGAUUGGAAGAAGCGGCUGGCUAUGAGAGCUACGCGUGAAUAAUCAGCCGGGGCCUCAGGAAGUGGACGUGACAGACGACGGGUAUCCUAUACCCCCCUCUCCCUUGAAUGUGAAUCUUCGUAGAAUAUAUACCUAAGAAAGUCAUCGGUCCAUUUGGACAUGCUUUCUGCUCUGUUGGACCUCCUCAAGCCACUUGUUUCUCUGGGAACGUGGACCACUUUGAAGCCGGUACCGUGCCACGGAAAAAGUUCAACAUCAAAACGUAUCAACAAGAAAUGUUAUCUGUCCAUCGGUCCACUUCAGUAAUAAUAAUAAUAAUAAUA